AUGGCAACUGCACACCUUCUGCAGACCUUCUCGUGCAACAAUUCCCUCCUAUCUCUGUCUCUCUCUCUCUCUUGCCAAUUCUCUAGCCGCUGUGGGGGUUUCUGGGGACCUAAAUUGUUAUCGAAUUGCUACCGAAUUGUUUCCGGAUUGGUGCUGAAGUUGGAAAUUCUUUCGUACCCACAACGAUCCAAAUCGCACGAUAAGAACCAAUUUUGUCUCUCCUGCUGCACGGGGCCACACUGCAUUCAGGGGCUAAGCGAGUCGCAUUCUGGUCAUGCAUCGGUUCAAGUGCGGAAAGCUUCCCACCGAGAUGUGGUUCGCGUUGCCGACAUCAAGAAGUAUCUCGACAUAUCCAACAUUCAACUGUACCCUAUCAACGGCGCCAAGAUUGUCUUUCUGCAGAGCCGGCCCCAGACGAAAUCAUGCAAAGGAGCACCCAAGUACUGCGAUACUUGCCAUCGCAGUCUCGCAGACCAGGUUAGAUUCUGCUCCAUCAACUGCAAACGCGUUGCAGUGUGCGACGCAUCUGUGCGAGAUCUCGAGUUGACUCUGUCUCACUCCAUUGACUCAGUUAGUGAUGGAACUGACUCGAUGAAUCUAGAGGCGACGAAUUUCUCUCCUUCAACGCCGAAUAGACAUGGCAACCACACGGAGUUGAACAAUCUUAGUUUAAAGAUGCCUCCUUUCAAGAGACAGAAAAUUUCGGAGGACAGAUCUCACUCUCUCUCACCUAUGUCUGUUCUCGGCGCUGGAGUUGCUUUUCGAUUCGAUUGCUUGAGGUUCACGGCCCCUCCACGCCCGAGCGACACAGUGAAUCUAGUCCAAGAGUGCACUGCCGGAAGCAGUUCCACCCGAUGCGGGCGCCAUUCUUUUGAGCUCUUCAACGACAUACCGCUAAAAGCCGAACACUGUGAGAAUGCUUCUCUCAUUGUACAUUAUUUUAGACAGUGGAUAUACGUGCAUGCGUUGCAGCUUCAGUCCAAAUGAAACAGUGGUACAUCCUAGCGAUCGAGUUCGCAACCUUGAGAUAUCUCGGAACAUUACAGACACACCCAAGAGAAUUGCUACGAUAACUGCAUAGUGGAGGACUGCAACCACGCUAUGUCCUUGAAUACAUAAUCUGCUAACUGGCUGGUAUUGAACAUACUUUGUACAAAACACUACUCCGAUGCUAACGACGAUUAGUCUCGAUGUGCGAAACACCUGCGGGCAUUCAAAGUCCCUGUAAAUACACGCUUCUUGACUGGUUUGUACAUAUGCAGAACAUGAAUGUGAAGGCGAAGCUUUGAAGUUUUUUUUUCACUCCCUAGAUUUGUCAGGGCUUGCACCACGUUACAGAUGUCCUUGAGAAUCCCUCCAACAGCACAAAUAGUCGUAUAUUGCUGUUUUGUGACUUCCACUGAUGGUAAAUGACCAAGUCCCUCCACCCUCCCUCCACACUGCCUUCGGAGCCUUUGGUGGAAGUAACUUCUUACCCCUGCACCACUUUGGACGGAGUUUUCAUUGUUGAAGACACACCUGUUCCAUACUCCAGGGUUUUUGAAUUCACUGUUCAAGCAUUCACAUUUCAGAUAGUUCCCUUUGUCGCCCAUAUCGUUUGUCCAUUAGACAGACUGAAAUCACUCAUCCUUCAGAUUUCAAUGGCGUUACAGCAUCCCAGGCAGUUGUAAAGUUUGCCUCAUUACUCCAAGUGUUAAUUGUGAUGUCUGAAAGUAUCAUAACAAUUUGGGAUGCAGUCAACAAGU